UCCGGCCCCUCCCAGCGCACAUGCGUAGCAGCGAGGGCCGGGCUCGCUGGGCGCUGGGGGCUUGUGGUUCCCGGAGCUGCGGGCUCUGCGUGUGUCGCCGGCGCCCUCCAUGGCUGCUCGUCCCUUGCCCGCUGAGUCGCUCACCCGGCGGCCCCUCCUGCUCGGCCAGGUGGAGGGUGCUCAGGACGUGGUGAGCAUGGCGGCCAUCGUGCCCAAGGAAGAGGGGCUCAUCAGCGUCUCUGAGGACAGAACUGUUCGUGUAUGGCUGAAGAGAGAGAAUGGUCAAUAUUGGCCUAGCAUAUACCAUACUAUGCCAUCUCCAUGUUCAUGUAUGUGUGUUAAUCCGGAAACAAGAAGGCUGUCCGUAGGUCUAGACAACGGUACAAUUUCAGAAUUUAUUUUAUCAGAAGAUUACAACAAGAUGACACCAGUUAAAAGUUACCAGGCUCACCAGAGCAGGGUUAUGAUGGUACUGUUUGUUUUGGAAAUGGAAUGGGUGCUGAGCAUAGGUCAGGAUAAACAAUUCACGUGGCAUUGCUCAGAAAACGGACAGCGGCUUGGAUCCUACCGUAUUAGUGCUGGCGCCUGUGGGCUACAAUUUGAUGUGGACACCCGGCAUGUUUUUAUUGGUGAUCAUUCCGGACAGGUGACCAUCCUUAAACUGGAGCAAGAAAACUGUAAUCUAAUAACAACAUUUAGGGGACAUACAGGUGGAAUCACUGCCCUCUGUUGGGACCCUGUGCAACGUGUCUUAUUUUCAGGCAGUUCUGACCAUUCGAUUAUUAUGUGGGACAUUGGAGGAAGAAAAGGAACAGCCAUAGAACUGCAAGGUCACAAUGAUAAAAUUCAGUCACUCUCCUAUGCCCAUCACUCACGCCAGCUCAUCUCUUGUGGAGCAGACGGAGGGAUCGUUGUCUGGAAUAUGGAUGUUGAGAGGCAGGAGACACCUGAAUGGUUAGACAGUGACUCCUGUCAAAAGUGCGACCAGCCGUUCUUCUGGAACUUCAAACAAAUGUGGGAUAGCAAGAAAAUAGGCCUCAGACAGCAUCAUUGCCGAAAGUGCGGGAAAGCAGUCUGUGGCAAAUGCAGUUCGAAGCGUUCUUCUAUACCCCUCAUGGGCUUUGAAUUUGAAGUGAGAGUCUGUGACAGUUGUUACGAAUCAAUAACAGAUGAAGAGCGUGCUCCCACGGCUACUUUCCAUGACAGCAAACACAACGUCACCUAUGUACACUUCGAUGUAACCCGAGUGUGGUUGCUGACCUCUGGGACAGACAGGAUUAUUAAGUUGUGGGAUAUGACACCUGUGGUAUCUUGAUAUGUUAGUGAACUGUGUGUACGGAAGAGAAGGGAUAACUAAUACAGACUGUCCUGCGGAAGAUAGUGCAGUUCUCUGGGAUAACUGAUAAGGGAGAACGUUGAAUACCUCUGGACGGUUUUCCAAGUGAUCUUCUGGAACCAGCAUGAACUCUUGCACCAAGAUACUCUACUUCUCUUUGUUCUCAAACUACAAAAGGUAUUUUUUUUAAAACAUGUACAAUCUGGCUCAGAUCGGCCUUUUGGAAUUUGUCUGGAAAACGUGUGUGGUGCAGUUUUGUAGUCUUCGUGUUUUACGUCGACGCAUGAGGUCUGGUGUGGAGGAAUCCGUUGCGAGACGGGAGCCACCUUCUGCAAUCUUCGCUUGAAGAGGCUUUAUCUGCUCUUCUGAGAUGGGACGGAAAGCAAAGAAUUCCUCUUUCCUGCAUUUUGUGGUGGAAUGCUGUUGAACAGGAACUUGAAUUUGCAGGCUCUGCGAUGAAAGAUCUGGGCGGCUACAGCUGUUAUUUAACCAAAAAAAACCCAUAAUUUGUUACUGCAUUCUUGUAAGUGGUACUGGAGGGAAGAAAGGGAAGAGAUGUAGACAAAGUCCAGUAUUUUCUGUCAUGAAGUCAAGAUUGAUACUUAUUUGAGCAACCAAUUUCAACAUGGCUAAAGUAGCUUUCUAGCCCAAAGCAUUGCCCGUGAGAAUAGAAUCCAGUUCAAAGCAAGGCCACAGAUAGGAUGAUUUUAAACAGCCGCAGGUCGUUUACCAGCGUGGAAGCGGCAUUCAGUUUUCAGCUGGGCCACCAAUGGCUGGCGCACCGCCUGUGGGGAUUUUGCUGGGAUUGGUGUGCUCGGGCAUGGUUUAAGACUUUAACUGUUCCGUUCCUGUUGCCUCUCGAGCAGGACGUGUGUGUGUGUUUUUAAUGGCUGGUCGUUGUAACUGUUUUUAAUUCUCAAUGUAAUUCCCCAGGCUGAAUAUGGCUGAAUUUAACAUCUUGUUCUGCUACUUUUAUUAGGGAGUACCUUUUUAAAAAAUAAAAAUACUGAAACAAAAACUGUCUCUUUCAA